GGGGGCGGUCUGAAAUUAAGCGGCUUUUAUUCGAAGCUAUAUAUUUCACCCACGUGGCAUGAAACUAAUGUCACCCACGUGGUUGGAACACCACACAUUGUAACUCCUGACUGCACAGAGGCUCUUUGGACACUCUAAUAUAAUAAAGAUGAGUCGCUCUGGACGUGGGCAAGCGUUGCUCAAGGCACUCAGUCAACCAACCCGUCGCCCUGGGCAACCACAAGAAGAGCCAGUGAGCACACCUAGUCCGCCAGGAGUGGCCUCUCUCCCCACACAGAGUGCAAUGGGUUCACCUCCGCAGCUCUUGACCACACCCACUCAAGCCACACCUCCUGUAGGACGAGGACUCAGGGCACUUAUGCUAAGUCAACAACAACCAAAGGUCACGACCCCAACACCUCCCACACUACCUGGUAGAGGCACCAGGAUCACAACAGGUGAUGGUGUGGGCGUUGGACGGUCCUCUGCUGUACGCACCACCCCGCCCACUCAAAGGGUCCCUAUAAAAGCCGUGGUAACUGCUGAUGUCAGCACUUCCCUCGCCACUCUAUCACUCAAGCAAGUAGUGGGAACCACAACAGGUUCAUCAGGUCAAAGUAUUCCCCUGGCUGCCAACUAUCUGAUGCUCCAGGGACGAAGUGAGGGGGUGUACCAGUAUGCUGUAGCCUUUGAGCCAGUAGUGGAGAGCAAGAGUAUCAGAUAUGGUUUACUGGCUGGACAGGAGGAUGUAUUGGGCAAGACCCGGGCAUUUGAUGGCACUACUCUUUACUUGCCUAAGAAGAUAACAGAAACUACAAUGACCUUCCAAACCAUCCGCCCCACUGACAACACACCAGUCACCAUGUUCCUAACACUAGUGGCUGUAGUCAACUACUCAGACUGUGUGCAACUAUUCAAUAUUAUAUUCAGAAGAGUGUUGCGUCAUCUAGAGUUGAAGCAAGUGGGACGUCACUACUAUGAUCCCUCCAACCCAAUAGCCAUACCACAGCACAAGAUGGAGCUAUGGCCAGGUUAUGUGUCAGCCAUACAGGAACAUGAUGGUGGUCUACUGCUCUUAUUCGAUAUCUCCCAUCGCCUCAUGAGAACUGAUAGUGCACUGGACUUCCUCUAUGAGCUCCACUCCAAGGUAGGAGACAGGCAGUUUCAAGAGCAGGCCUACAAGCACCUAGUAGGAGUCAUAGUACUCACAAGGUACAACAAUCGCACCUAUCGUGUGGAUGACAUUGCCUGGGACAAGAACCCUGGCUCUACCUUCAAAGACCAAACUGGCAAUGCAGUCUCCUUCAUUGACUACUACAAGAGGGCGUAUGGUAAGGAGAUUCAUGAUGGAGAGCAACCACUACUCAUACACAGGCCCAAGAGAAGGCCCAAGGAUUCAGGGGAGGUGGAUACACCAGAGGAGGUCAUUUGCUUGGUGCCAGAGCUUUGUUGUAUGACUGGACUCACACAAGCAGCUAGACAAGACUUCAGAGUCAUGAAGGAUGUGGCACAACACACACGUAUCCAACCCAACCAGAGGGAGAUGAUAUUCAAGAAGUUUGUAGACAAGGUCUACAAGACACCCAAGGCACGAGAUGAGCUGGAGUCCUGGGGGUUCCAACUAGAUCCUCGUAUGAUACAAAUGAAUGGACGUGUUCUAGACAGAGAGAAGAUCUUGUUUGGUCGGAACAAGUCCAUAGUAGCCAAUGAGGAGGCAGAUUGGGGACGUGAGGCGGUCAAGGAGCACGUCAUUACACCAGUUCCACUGAUGUCAUGGUUACUGGUUGUCACCAAGAGAGACAAGAGCAAAGCUAUGGACUUUCUCAACAUGAUGAAACGUGUGGGACCACCAAUCGGCAUUGAGGUGGCAGACGCUACGGUUGUGGAGGUACCAAAUGAUCGCACAGAGACAUAUUUGAAUGCAAUACGUCCCAAGAUCUCCUCUAGUCUACAGAUGGUGGUAGUCAUAUUCCCUACUAGCAGAGAUGAUCGUUAUUCUGCAUUCAAGAAACUGACAUGUAUCGAUCAUCCUGUCCCCUCUCAGGUCAUCAAUGCGCGGACUAUUUCAGCCCAACAGAAGUUACGCAGUGUAACACAGAAGAUAGCACUUCAGAUUAACUGCAAGUUAGGGGGAGAGUUGUGGGCGGUUGAGAUACCAGUGAAAAACAUGAUGGUGAUUGGGAUGGACGUGUAUCAUGACUCUGCCUCAGGACAGAAGAGAUCCAUUCUCGGCUUUGUGGCCAGUACCAAUAAGCACCUGACACGCUGGUACUCUCGUGUCUCCAUUCAAGGCAAGCGUCAAGAAAUUGCAGAUGGACUCAUGAUGUGUAUGAAAGCAGCACUUACCAAAUAUCAUGAGGUCAAUGGUUGUCUACCUGAUCGUGUGGUGGUGUUUCGUGAUGGUGUGGGGGACGGGCAAAUGGCCACAGUGCAAGGGUUCGAAGUGGCGCAGAUGAAAGAGGCUUUCACUAUGUUUGGAGAGUCGUACUGCCCCAAGAUGAUGGUGGUGGUGGUUCAAAAGAGGAUUUCCACACGAAUAUUUCAGCGAGGGACUGCUAAAGGUCUGGGAAAUCCCCCUCCUGGCACUGUAGUGGAUCACACCUUCACACGCAAGGACUGUUAUGACUUCUUCCUUGUGAGUCAACAUGUGCGCCAGGGAACAGUCACGCCCACUCACUUUGUAGUGGUAUCUGACACCUCGGGAUUCAAGCCGGAUCAUAUCCAACGACUUGCCUACAAACUGACCCACAUGUAUUACAAUUGGCCUGGAACUAUCCGUGUGCCCGCCCCUUGUCAGUAUGCUCACAAGUUGGCAUACCUCGUGGGUCAAAGUUUACAUCGUGAUCCUAAUCUCGGACUAGCUGAUCGUCUGUUCUUCCUAUAAACUAUAAACUUUGAACCUUGGAACUAUUCUUAACUCAUUUACUUUCAUUUCAUUACAUAUGGUAUGUACCCAAUCAGGUCACUCACUAAAUCUCAUAUUUAUCCAUUUGUUGGUUAAAAUUUGUCUUGACACAAUAUAAUUAUUGGUAAUAUAAUUAUACUUAUAAUAAUGAA